AUGUCUAUUGCCAUUCGAGAAUUCUUAGUUUUUAAUACGUCAUCAAUAAUGUUUAAAGAUUUUUCAGAAAAAUUUGCAGUAUUAACGAAUAUGUUCCAAGAUUAUUGCAAUCAAACAGCAAGCGCGCUUGGUAUGGUAAAUAAAACACUUCAAAUUCCAUCAAUUUUAGUAAAUACAUCCAAAAAUUUACAGAAAAUCAUCGCUGAAUUAUUCAGUAGUUAUGAAUCGAUUAAAAAUGCAGGAAGUACCGUACUUUUUGAUGUUGCCAAAUCCGAUUUCAAGAAAUUACAAAAUAUUGUUAAUGUUAUCGAAAAAUCAAUAUCUGAUGAACAUUUCUAUGAUGACUCUGUCGUAAAUGGUCUUCCUAAGAUCAAGAAAACACUCAAAAACAUACAUGAAAAAGCAUUUUCUAUUUUGAACGAAAAAACAAGCGAAGAAGAAGUCAAAAAGUUUAAUGAAAGAGUUAAAGUAUAUAUACGUGAUUUUACGUCAUUUAUAGACAAAGAUCUUCCUCCUUCUGUUUUUCAGAAAAAUAAGAAGAUAAAAAUGAGAAGCGAAGUUACCUCUUAUCUUGGAAACAUUUCUAGUACUAUAAACUCGUUCUCCCGCUAUCCAUUCCUUCUCGAACAAGUCGGAGAAACAAUCAAAGUAUUCACUACUCAUAUUGAUGAAACUAAUAAGACAAUGAACAUUUACUAG